AUGUCUUUAACUAUUUUAAUUGUUUUCAUUUCAUCUCCAGUGUCUGAGCUCAGACUGGUUCUACUGGGAGGAAACUGGUCUGAGAGGAACUCAGUGGGGAACUUCAUACUGGGAGGUGAUGGUUUCACCAGAUCAUCAAACACCUUUAAGAAGAUUUCUGCUGAACUGGAAGAGAAACAAAUAUCUGUGAUCAACACUCCAGAUGUUUCGUUCCACACAGCAAAAGAACUGACAGCUUUCAUCAGAAAAUGUUCUGAUCUCUCUGAUCCUGGUCCUCAUGUCUUCCUGCUGGUUAUUCAGCCUGAAAGUUUCACUGAAGGAGAGAAAAAUAAGAUCUACAGAAUCCUUCAAGCCUUCAGUGAUCGAUCAUUUGAUCAUUCAUUGGUAUUGAUCCUGAAGCAGAGACAGAGAGGUUCUGUGAUCGGUUCUCCUCUGAAGAAUCUGAUCAGGAAAUGUAGAAACAGAUAUUUAAAGAUGGAGGAAACUGAACGUGAGCAGCUGCUGAUUCGCUUUGGACAAAUUAUGAAAGAAAACAAUGAAAACCAUGUGAGACAUGAAGAGUUACCGUCAGAUGAUCAGGCUCAGAAACGACCAGGAUCCAGACCUGCUGGUAAGAACAGGAUUCAAUCUGAUUCUAUAGCUCUACGUUCAUCGCUUUUAGAGAAAUUAAAAUACAUUUAUCACUACUGGACUAGAAAUAUUUCUUUUCUAAAUCUAAAUUAUUUAAUUCCAGGAAUUAAUUUUUAUAUGUUGAAAUGUAGUUGA